AUGUAUCAAAAUAGAACUGUGAUGGUCUUCAAGUCUCUUUCUCUCUCUUUCUCUCCUCCUCUUCCUCUUCUCUCCUCUUCAUCCUUCUUACCAACUUCAUCAUCAUCAUCAUCUUCUUCUUCUUCAUCUCCUUUCCUUCUCCCUAUAUCUCCCUCCGCUCCCCCUCCGCCCCUCCGCCCCUUCUCCUCUUCCUCUUCAUCCUUUCCCUUUUCUCUCCCUGCGAUUCCUUCCCAUCCUCCACCUCCCCCGCCCAUCGAAACCCCUCUUCGCCUUUCUUCUCCACCAUCUGUUCUUCCUCUCGCUCUUCAGGACCCUUUACCGUUCACCCAUACCAUUUUCUCUCGUCUCUUUUCUGUAAACAUGGAUUCUAACGACCUUCACGAAACCCCCGUCGCCGACGAGACUAUGGUUGAUGUCGUGGGCGAUGAGGUUGACAUCGAAACCACCCCCAAGACGGAGGAAGAGUAUGCUCAAUCUAUGCUCACUCUUCGUGCCAUCGUUUCCUCCAAAGAAGCCGGUGUCAUCAUCGGUAAGGCGGGUAAGAACGUGGCCGACCUGCGCGAUGAGACUGGCGUCAAGGCUGGUGUGAGCAAGGUUGUUCCUGGUGUUCAUGACCGCGUUUUGACCGUGACUGGUCCUUUGAGUGGUACUGCCAGAGCUUAUGCCUUUGUCGCCAAGGGAUUGCUGGAAGGUGCCCCGCAGAUGGGCAUGGGCGGCAUCGUCUCCAACAAUGGGACUCAUCCCGUGCGACUCCUGAUCUCCCACAACCAGAUGGGUACCAUCAUCGGACGACAGGGCUUGAAGAUAAAGCAUAUCCAGGAUGCCUCGGGGGUGCGCAUGGUGGCCCAAAAGGACAUGCUCCCCCAAUCGACCGAGCGCAUUGUCGAGGUACAAGGAACCCCCGAAGGAAUCGAAAAGGCCAUUUGGGAAAUCGGAAAGUGCCUCAUCGAUGAUUGGCAACGCGGAACGGGCACCAUUCUGUACAACCCGGCGGUCCGUUCCUCAGUUGGUGGUACUACUUCGACUCACCACAACACCACCACCAGCGAAAGCUACAGCAGCCGCCCCUACAACCGUACCGGCAACGGCGCCGACUUCAGUGACCAGUCCAGUGGCUAUGGAAGGCGGUCCAACCCCGACACCAGCAGCCGCGGAUACCCCCUUGUCACCGAAGAUGGCGAGGAAAUCCAGACCCAGAAUAUCAGCAUCCCCGCUGACAUGGUUGGCUGCAUCAUUGGCAGAGGCGGAACCAAGAUCACCGAGAUUCGCCGAAGCUCUGGCGCCCGGAUUUCGAUUGCCAAGGCCCCCCAUGAUGAUACUGGCGAGCGCAUGUUCACCAUUAUGGGAAGCGCCCAGGCGAAUGAGAAGGCUCUGUACCUGUUGUACGAGAACCUGGAGGCCGAGAAGACCCGUCGCAGUCAACUGCAAGAAUGA